AUGAGGUCGAUUCUUGGAACUCCAUCCUCAGAGCACUUUGUGAAUAUUGAGAAGAAGCGUAUGUAUUUGCUGAGGCAAGAACUUUAUUCGCCUGACGUUUCGGAAUGCGUCACGGAGAAAAUUAAGUGCGAUCUCUCAGGCGUGACCGUCGAACUACUCCUACUAAGUAAAUACUCUGAGACUGAUGCUGGUCUCAUACACGCUCAAACCCUGCAGCUCCUGAAGUUCUGUCUCAGGACGUACUUCACUUUGAAAGGAAGCAUCUAUGAGCAGGUGAAGGGAACACCAAUAAGUUCGCCGAUUUUUGGACUCAUAGCUGAGGUAGUCCUACAACAGCACAGAUCGAAAUUCAGGGCGUGGUAUGUGGAUGAUACCUUCGUUGUUAUCGAACGGGAUAAGGUACAUACACUCAAAGAACGCCUCAACAGCGUCAAUUCGGGCAUACAAUUUACGACGGAGGUGGAAGAAAACACCGAACUGGCCUUCCUUGAUGUCCUCCUCUGCCACAAUGAUUGUGAUGACCGAUUCCAAAUGUUGGCGAGCGAUUCCGUACGUAAAAACCUCUCGGAGGCCGUCGGCCGCCUUCUCGCACCACUUGAAGUUGAAAUCGCACACGGGACGGAUGCAACGAUAAGGCAUCUGAUAAUGAAACCAAAAGACCCACAGCCACGACAAGAAACAACUGGAGUCGCUACAGGAUGUAAUGCAGUUGCGGACAAAGCAACUACGUCCGAGAAACUGGAAGAUUUAUCAAGACGCAAAAUGCCGAACACGCAGCAGCAGUGUGGCGACAUGAUAUCGAUUCGCAAGCUGCGACUCAUUCGGCGAGGCCCGGACGCACAUUCACAUUUGAUGAGGCCGAAAUUCUCGUGA